AUGGCCGACGACCGUGAGGUCGAAAGUGGCCUCAGUUCUCACGUGGAGAAAAAGGCAGAAGAGGUUCAUCAACUAGCCAGGCAGUUCACCGAGCAGAGCACUUUUUCGACUGCCGGACAGAACCCCUUUGCGGCCGAGGCCGGAUCAGCCCUGGAUCCUAACGGCAACAAUUUCGAUGCUUUAUCAUGGUGUAAGGCCAUGCUCAAUUUUCACACCGAGGAUGGGCAGGCGCAUCCACUGCGAACUCUGGGAAUCGCCUUUAGCAAUCUCAAUGUGCACGGUUUUGGUUCCGACACAGAUUACCAGAAAAGCGUUGGCAACGUCUGGUUCGAAGCGCUGGGACUGGCAAGACGAGCGCUCGGUACUCAGAGCCGGCGCAGAAUCCAGAUCUUACAGAACCUGGAGGGCGUCGUGGAGGCUGGCGAGAUGCUGGUAGUUCUGGGCCCUCCUGGCUCAGGAUGCUCGACCUUCUUGAAGACCAUCGCUGGGGAGGCGGAUGGUUUCCAUAUUGAUAAGGCAUCAAGUAUCAACUAUCAAGGUGUGAGCGCAAAGCAGAUGGCCCACGAAUUCCGAGGAGAAGCCAUAUAUGCCGCCGAGGUCGACAUCCACUUCCCCAAGCUCACGGUCGGAGAUACCCUUUACUUUGCGGCGCGGGCCCGAGCACCACGGGACAUUCCCGGCGGGGUGGAUGUAGCCCAGUAUGCCAGCCACAAGCGAGAUGUGAUAAUGGCUAUCCUUGGUAUCAGUCACACUAAGAACACAAUCGUUGGAAACGACUUCAUCCGUGGUGUAUCUGGUGGGGAGCGCAAGCGAGUUAGUAUCGCCGAAGCUUGCCUGAGCAGUGCUCCCCUGCAAUGUUGGGAUAACUCCACCCGCGGCCUUGACAGCGCAAAUGCCAUUGAGUUUUGCAAGGCGCUGCGCAUGCAAGCAGAUAUCAAUGGUGCCACUGCCUGCGUCUCGCUAUAUCAAGCACCUCAAGCUGGUUACAACUAUUUCGACAAGGUGUUGGUAUUAUACGAAGGUCGCCAGAUCUACUUCGGUCGGACAGACACCGCGAAGCAGUACUUUUUGAACAUGGGCUUUGCCUGCCCCGAGCGACAGACCGAUGCAGACUUCUUGACAUCUAUGACUAGUCACCUCGAGCGUGUCGUGCAGCCAGGUUACGAAGGCCGCGUGCCUCGAACACCUGAUGAAUUCGCUGCACGAUGGCAGGCCUCCCCACAGCGAGCACGGCUGCUGCAAGACAUCGAAAACUAUAACAGAAAGUUCAUGCUGGAUGGAGAGUUCCUCGCCAAAUUUAAAAACUCUCGCCGAGCUCAACAGGCCCGGGUCCAGCGCGUCUCCUCACCUUACACCCUAUCCUAUGUCCAACAGGUGAAUUUGUGCCUAUGGCGCGGAUACCAACGCUUGAAAGCCGAUCCCAGUGUCACAAUAUCAUCCUUGAUUGGAAACGUUAUUACUGCUCUUGUGAUUGCCAGUAUCUACUAUGACCUCCAGCCCAACACCAGCACCUUUUUUCAGCGGGGUGCCCUUCUAUUUUUUGCCUGUCUCAUUAAUGCCCUUGGUUGCGGCUUGGAAAUGCUGACUCUAUAUGCGCAACGAGGGAUUGUGGAGAAGCACUCGCGAUAUGCUCUGUACCACCCAUCUGCCGAAGCAAUCUCCUCAAUGGUCAUGGACUUGCCGUACAAGGUUCUGAACGCUAUACUGUCAAAUACAGUUCUCUACUUCAUGACCAACUUGAGGCGAGAACCUGGGGCUUUCUUCUUCUUUAUCUUCACUUCAUUCAUCCUGACGCUGACGAUGUCGAUGUUCUUCCGGUCUAUGGCGUCGUUGACGAGAUCUCUUGUUCAAGCAUUGCCCUUUUGUGCGGUUGUCCUUCUCGGUCUUUAUUCUUAUACUGGGUUCGCGAUUCCGACCGGGUAUAUGCUCGGGUGGGCGCGUUGGAUUGCGUAUAUCAAUCCUAUCAACUAUGGCUUCGAGUCUCUCCUGAUCAAUGAGUUUCAUAACCGUGACUUUCAGUGUAUAUCCUAUGUUCCAUCGGGCCCCAGCUACAUGGUUCUUCAAUCUGAGAAUCAUGUCUGCGCUACCGUCGGAUCGGUGCCCGGUCAAGCAUUUGUGUCUGGUGAUGCCUACAUCCAAUCAGCAUAUGACUACAACGUCUCACACAAGUGGAGAAAUAUUGGGAUCAUACUCGCCUUCAUGGUCGUUCUUGGGGCCAUCUAUCUGGUCGCCACUGACUAUAUUACUGAAAAGAAAUCUAAGGGCGAGAUCCUGGUGUUUCCCCGCGGACAUGGGGCACUCAAGAGCGGUAAGCCUGACGAUUUCGAAGAGGGCAGUGACCGCAGUGCUUUUCAAGAGAAGUCUAAGUCCGACCUCAAUGACCUUGUGAUGAUCGAAAGCCAAACUGCAAUCUUCCAGUGGAAGGAUGUUUGUUUCGAUAUCAAGAUCGGGAAGGAGAAUCGCAGGAUUCUUGACCACGUUGACGGAUGGGUCAAGCCAGGGACCUUAACUGCUCUGAUGGGAGUCUCUGGGGCUGGGAAGACGACACUGCUGGAUGUUUUAGCUACACGUACCACGUUGGGUGUGAUCAGUGGAGAAAUGCUUGUCGACGGUAAACCGCGGGAUGAAUCUUUUCAACGCAAGACUGGCUAUGCCCAGCAACAGGAUCUGCAUUUAAGCACUGCCACGGUGCGCGAGGCGCUGGAGUUCUCCGCUCUUCUUCGCCAACCUGCGCAUGUUCCUCGCCGAGAAAAGAUCAAUUAUGCGACCGAAGUCAUUAAGCUUCUUGAUAUGACAGACUAUGCUGACGCUGUUAUCGGCGUCCCGGGAGAAGGCCUCAAUGUUGAGCAACAGAAACGUCUCACAAUCGGCGUAGAGCUUGCGGCGCGACCGGCCCUGCUUCUUUUCUUGGAUGAGCCCACGUCGGGGCUCGAUUCCCAGACAUCCUGGGCUAUCCUUGAUCUCCUCAAUAAACUGAAGAACAACGGCCAAGGGAUUUUGUGUACCAUCCACCAGCCGUCUGCUAUGCUGUUCCAACGCUUUGACUGUCUCCUGUUCCUCCAAGCCGGUGGCCAGACCGUAUACUUCGGAGACAUUGGCCAGAACUCGCAGAUUCUGAUUGAUUACUUUGUGCGCAACGGGGGCCCUCUCUGUCCCUCAGCAGCGAAUCCCGCGGAAUGGAUGCUUGAUGUGAUCGGUGCCGCUCCUGGCUCCCACACGGACAUCGAUUGGUUCGAGACAUGGCGCAAUUCCCCUGAAUACGCACAAGUUCAAGCGCACCUCAGCUCACUGAAGCUCGAACGCUCCCAGCAAAGCCCACUAGCCCGCGUCGGCUCCAGCAUCGAGCGCGAGGACCGAGCCAGCUAUCGCGAAUUUGCUGCCCCUUUCUGCACUCAGCUCCGCGAAGUGCAGAUCCGAAUCUUCCAGCAGUUCUGGCGCUCGCCCAUCUACAUCUACUCCAAGGCAAUUCUCUGCGUCUUGCCCGCUCUCUUCGUCGGCUUCUCGCUCUUCAACACCCCCAACACAAUCCAGGGCUUGCAGAACCAAAUGUUUAGUAUCUUCCUGCUACUCAUCCAGUUCGGGCAGCUUAUCCAACAGAUCAUGCCGCAUUUCGUCACGCAGCGGGCACUAUACGAAGUGCGCGAGCGGCCGUCGAAGACCUACUCGUGGAAGGUCUUCAUGCUCAGCAACAUCGGCGUGGAACUGUUCUGGAACUCGCUCAUGUCCGUCCUCAUGUUCCUGUGCUGGUACUACCCGAUCGGGAUGUACCGUAACGCGGAACCCACCGACACCGUGCACCUGCGGGGCGCGCAGAUGUGGCUGCUGAUCUGGACCUUCCUACUCUUCUCGUCGACCUUCGCCCACUUCAUGAUCGCGGCGCUCGACGCCGCGGAGAACGCCGGCAACCUGGGCAGCUUUCUCCUGCUACUCUGCCUGCUCUUCUGCGGGGUGCUUGCGACCCCCGCCCAGCUGCCCGGGUUCUGGAUCUUCAUGUACCGCGUCUCCCCGUUCACCUACCUGGUGAGCGGGAUGCUGUCCGUGGGCAUCGCGGACACGACCGUCACCUGCGCCGCCAACGAAUACCUGCGCUUCGACCCCGUCAACGCCACCUGCGGCCAAUACCUGGCGCCGUACAUCGCGCAGGCGGGCGGGUAUCUGCUGGAGGAGGCCGCGACGGCGAACUGCCGGUUCUGCCCCGUCGCGGACACGAAUGCGUAUCUGCGCGGGGUCGGGGCGAGCUACGCGGACGUCUGGCGGAACUUCGGGCUCAUGUGGGUGUUCAUCGUCACGAAUAUUGUGGCUGCAUGUCUGCUGUACUGGUGGACCAGGGUGCCGAGGGUGAAGAAGCCUGUUGUGGCUGGCUCUUGA